AUGGAGAACGACCUCUUCGUUUUCGAAGAGCAUGAACUUUUUGUUAAUAAUACAUGCUUUCAGCAUCAGAGGAAACAUCUAGACAUGUGGAAUUCUCCGGACAAUAUUCCAAUCAGAUUGAUUAUACAUUGGUCAGUCACCGCUGGAAGAGCACUUGAUAGUCGUUCUUAUCGAGGCGCUGAAACUGGUAACCAUCAUGAAUCAGAUCAUGAUACGGUUCAAGAUUCGUAUUUGACAAAAUUGACAAAGUCGUAA